GUCACGAACGCCACUGUCAAAUGUGUCAAAACAACAGUGAGGCAAAAAUGGACGACACGACGGCACCAUUGUGCGUUUGAAAAGUGUUUUGGUGUUGGUUUUUGUGUUUUACGGACGAAUUAUGGUCGAUCGUAACGAGAAAGUGUUGUUGGAACUGUUGAAAUUGCCGGGGAAUAACACGUGUGCCGAUUGCGGGAGCAAAAAUCCAGAAUGGGCGUCAUACAACUUGGGCAUCUUCAUUUGCACCCGAUGUUCAGGUGUUCACCGAAGCAUGGGCGUCCACAUAAGCAAAGUAAAACAUUUAAAGCUCGAUCGUUGGGAGGACUCUCAAGUCGAACGCAUGAAAGAAGUCGGAAACAUAAAAUCAAAAAUGAAGUAUGAAGAACGUGUACCCCCUUGCUAUCGAAGACCGAAAGAAAACGACCCACAAGUGUUAAUCGAACAGUGGAUCCGAGCUAAAUACCAAAGAGAAGAAUUCUGUCAAUCGCAAAGACUAGUCUACGUUAGCGGUUACAUGGAGGGCUUCCUCAUGAAACGUGGCAAAGAGGACAGCCGCUACCAUUCGCGCAAAUUCGUCCUUUCCGAAGCCGAAAACACCCUCAAAUAUUUCGUACGCGAGAAGAAAAGUCCAAAAGCUGAGCUCGAAGUCUCCGAAUUGAACGUAGUUUUCGCGCCGGAAAAAAUGGAAUAUCCAGCUUCGCUCCAGCUUACGUUCCUCAAAUACGGCACAACCAGGCACAUUUUCGUGUACCAUGAAGACGGCGAAGUGAUCACCAACUGGUACAUGGCCAUACGUUGUGCAAAACUACAUCGACUCCAAGUGGCCUAUCCGUCGGCAAACGAGGCCGAUUUGUUGGGCUUUCUCACCGAGGAUUUUGCCAAAGAGGGCUGGUUGUGGAAGACGGGGCCCAGGACGAGCGACGGCUUCAAGAAGCGAUGGUUUACGUUGGAUAACCGCAAGUUGAUGUAUCACGAUGAGCCGCUGGAUGCGCAUCCCAAGGGCGAGAUUUUUCUUGGCUAUGCCAUGGACGGGUACAGUGUGAGGAUUGGGGUGUCGGCAGGGGUGAGGGAUCAGGGAUUUUCGUUUGCGUUGACGACGCCAGAUCGGGUGUUUAAUUUGUCGGCUCAGACGGAGGCUGAGAGAGACGAGUGGAUCGAAGUGAUCGAGAGGGUGUUGGAAAGGCCGCUGACGAGGCAGGACGAAGCAAUUUGCACCCGCCUGGUACGGAAGAGGGCCAACACGAACUCAAUAACCCGCUUCUCUCCGAGGUAGUCAUAACAUAUCACAAACAUUUAACUUUCAUUCAUUCAUCACCAUACCUAGUCCUGUAUUUAUUAUACAAUACAAACACAUUUAUCCAUUCGUCAUUCAUAAAUACUCAUCUCGAAGUACAGGUAACUAUUUUAUAUUAUGUGAAGUGAAGUGAAAGUAAUUUGUAAAUAAAUAAAUAAAAAAACUACCCACUCUGGAUGUAAUAAAUUGUUUUGAACAAUGCUGUACUACUGUUGCUCUCUCUCUUUACAAAAAAUAUGAUCUCAAUAAUUGUUUUGUUCAAUUUUCUUCAUUUCUGCAGUUAUCAAGCAAUAAUGUCUCGUUAUCUUUAAUUUUAUGAUCUGUACAAGAAAAGGAAAACAAUUGAUACAUAAAUAAAAGCAUUGUUUUAGUUCGAUCACAAUAGUUACAAAUAUAUUUCACUGCCACUUAUUUUCUACACUGGCUCAAAUGUAUCAAUUUGUGUUUCUUUCGUUUAUAUUUAUUUUAUAUUCCGAACGGGAGCGAGGAUCAGGCGCUUCAUUUUCUUAUAUCACGGGAAACGAACGGUUUUAUUUUUAGUGGUUACAAUCCCAAAUAUUAUGUUAUUUUGCACAGUGUUCGAGUUGUUUGUUUGACUCUUGCUCCUUAAUUUUUUAAUUAUAAGUAAAUAUUUACAAUGAUAGGUACCAUUGUUUGUAUUAUCCAUUUGCCAAAUAUAAGAUAUACACCGCGCGAA